AGGUCAUAGUUCGUGUGAGUGGUGAAGGCUAACCUAACCUAACGGUCGGAGGGGAGCAAUGAAGCUGUGUAACAACCAUUAGCUAAAUCGUGAAUAGGCCACCGUUAAUCAGAGCAGUAACGUGCAUUUAUCUUUUUAGCUUCAGAAUAAUAUGGCUAUGGAAGCGGAGAGCCAAAAGAGCGGGGGCAGUUCCUCCCUAAGUGAUGUGCUACUUCCAGAUGAUUAUGCUGACAGCCUGACAGACCACAGCACCACCUUUGGCAACGUGAUCCCUAACAGGAUUUUUGUUGGGGGACUUGACUACAGGGUCAAUGAGCGUGACCUGCGGCACAUUUUUUCUCAACACGGCACAGUGAAAGAGGUGAAGAUUGUCUUAGAUCAUUCAGGAGUGUCGAGGGGAUAUGGGUUUGUUACAUUUGAAACCCAAGAAGAUGCUCUGAAAAUCAUCAACAAUACUAAUGGAGUCACUUUCAAAGACAAGAAACUCAGUGUUGGUCCGGCUUUUCGAAAGCAUCAACCUUCAAGUCAAACAAAGAGCACCUCUACAGCCAGCCUUGAACCUGCCAUGUCUCAGCAAACAUCCUAUGGGACCUUCUACCUGACCACAUCCACAGGCUCUCCCUACACUUACCAUAAUGGAGUUGCCUACUUCCACUGCUCCAACAUAAAUACUCCUUCCUACCAGUGGCUUCCGCCAUCUUCGCCAAUGGGCCCCCAUCCUUAUCAGCCUGUGUAUGAGCAACUAUCCAGUCACCACUACCAGUGCAUGCCAAACCAGUAUCAGUGGAAUACACCCCAGUGGCAGAUGCCAUCCUAUGCAGUCUUGUACCCCCAGCAGUCACAAUAUGUUUACCUGCCUGCUGAUGGAGUUUCUGUUCAGCCACCUGUGUUGUUCAUGGAGGACUCCACAGUGGAGUUUCUUGAGCCAACAGUGCAGCAUGUUUACCCAGUGUAUCCUCAGAGAGCAGAAGAAAUGGCACCUGCUGUUCUGCAGCAUGACCCUGGAAAGAAUCUAAAGUUUUCACCCUCGUGGGUCCAUCACAAGCCAAGACACCGCCGCCACAUCCACCACAAGGAAUACCACCAUCUGCCAGAAUCAAUAGAGCCUCCAGACGCCUCCAUGUUUCACACUCCCCAAAUGUCAAAUGUAGGCUAAAUCCACCGAGGGCUUUACAAGAGAAACGAGUUACACAUCUAAUUUUAGUCACUUCCUUUUUGCCCUAUGGGUAGCUGAUAAACCUCAGCCUUACAACACAAUAAAGGUAAGCUUUCAUCUAGUUGUGCAGUCAGAUGACUGAGAUUUACUGUUACAGUGGGGUUCUUUUCUUACGCUGUAUUGUUUGUUGUUGUUUUUUUGUUUUUUUACAUUUAGGCACAAAUAGUAGCAGUGGUGAAGUAUCCCAGUAACAAGUAUUUACUUUAGUGUGAAAACACAUAAGUAUUCAUAGCAUAUCUUGACUUGAUCAAAAUAAAAGCUGAAGAUGUUCAUGUGCAGUAAUAAGUUGUACCCUCAAGAUUACAGUCAUUACAGUCCAGUCAUGACCUUCAUGGACUGAAAUUUGGACUUCAACUUAAAUAUGAAUUAUAUCAAAUCUAACAGUCAAUUUUAUAGUAAUUUGUUCAAUUCCAGCUAUUUGUGCUUAGUCAUUUAAAAUAGACAAAUUAGUUUUUAUACAUUUAAAAUUGUCUGUGUGGUUUUAUGACGUUGCUGAUCGUCUUUGUUCAUUUUCUUUGCUUUUGUUCUGUAUUUUGCUUGAGGUUUUCAAGCUUAAAGCAAACUGUAAAACUGAGAAAUAAUAAAAAAAAUAGCUCUGUAAUGUCACAUGACCACCAAAGCUUGUUUUGUUCUCACAUAAUUUUAAGUUCUUCAGUGGUAAUAAAUGUUUCCUGUGGUGUA